UUAUCUUUUUGCUGGAAAUUUUCUUAGCUGUAGAUAAUGAUUACAUUCCAAUAUUACCAACAGAAUUGGGGGAGGAGAAGAGAUGGACGGUGGGAAAAGAGGAAGGGCAGGAGGAGGAGGACGAGUGGGAGGAGGAGGAGACAUGGACGGCGAGGAAGGGGAGGACACGAGGAAGGGAAGGAGACGAGGAGGCAUGGAAGAUGAGGAAGUACGAGGAGGAGGAGGAGACAAGGAGGAUGAGGAAGGGCAGGAGGAGGAGGACGAACAGGAGGAGGAGGAGGAGACGAAAAGGAGAAGGGAGGAGGAGACAUGGAGGAUGAGGAAGGGGAGGAGGAGCAAGGUGAGCGGAGGGGAGGGUGCAGCGGCGGGUGGAGGCAGUGAUAAAGGGCAAGGGUCGACAGCACGAGUGGUCGCCACCCGACAGACCACUGUACGGAGGUGGGUGGACAACGAGGCGCAGAAAAAACUGGACAUCGCAUGGGCGGAGGCCAUGUUCAGGUUUGGCAUCGCAUUCAACUUCCUCAAUAUGGACACGACGCAGACAUUACAUGCUGUGUACUUGGAGGUUGUGAGGCCAAAGGUGAAGCUCCCUUCGUACAACCACAUGAGGAUUGGUCAUGUUGGAUGCCAUCUAUCUCAAGAUCCAGAAGGAGGCGCUUUCAUUGACUGCAUGCUGGGACACGUCCGGAUGUGGGUCAACCGACUGCAAGAAUCGGCCAGUGAUGAACUUCUUGGUGGCGGGGAGCAGGGGGCAAUCCUUGUGGCGACGGUGACAAUGACGGGGAGGAAGAAGAAUGCCCCAGCAUUGGUGAGGUUGUGGGAGCAGGUCAUGAGGGAGAUAGGCUUGAACCGCAUCAACGCCAUCUGCACCGACAACGCUGAGGUGAAUAAGAAGGCUGCCCAGAUCCUAGAACGACACAAGGACAAGGAGGUGGCCAGGAUUCCUUGGGUUCCUUGUGGGGCACAUUGUUGCAGUCUCCUGCUGAAGGACUUGGCAAACCUGUCCUGGAUCAAGGGCACUGUGAAAACUGCAAACACGAUCGUGAAGUUCAUCAGGAAUCAUCAUGCCACCCACGGGCUGAUGAUGUCCAUUGAUGACACCUUGUCCCUGCUUCAUCCCACUGAGGUCCGCUUUGGAUCCGUGUACAUGAUGCUGCAACGCUUGGCAGACAGAGUUUGCUGCGUGCUCGAAGCCAUAGGGACAGCGGGCUCCUUCUUCAAGUCGUUGAUGGAGCCAGUGAGCAAUAACGGAUCCGUGUUGUCGGGGCCUGCUCAGGAUCCCGAAGAGAAAGAGGAGCAGGAGAGGAGGCAAAGGAGAAUGGUGAAGGCUCCAAGAGGCAGAAUUCCCAAGGAGCUUGUUGAUUCUGACUCCAGCGGCAACAGCGACCUCGAGGAUCUCGUGUGGAAGGGCAAGUGUUGGAACGAGUCCUCAUCGGAGGACCGCAGCGAGGAGGCAGGGGACUCCAAUUUCGAGCUUCGCGAGGCGCCAGCUGUCCCGACAACCUCAUAUGUUGGCAGGCGUACGCGGCAACGAGAGAGGGAUCUUGAGGUGGAGCCCAUGCCGGUUGUUGAUGUGGUGGAUACAGAUGUUGAGUUUUUGUUGCAACCCCACGACGAUCCGGACGAGGAGGAGGCCACACGUGCUAAGGCAAUGGCAGACAGGGAUGCUGAACUUGUGGACAAGCCAAUGCGUGCGGAGGAGGUCCGUCGUGCUGCGCUCCCUACCCGCAGGGAGAGGGAGAGACGCGUUGCACAACACAACAAGCACACCGAUGAGCUGGUGAAGGAGGUGGACAUGGAGGACGGGGAGAACAUUGCAAUGCACAAAGAAGAGAAUGUGGUACAACAAGGUGGGGACGAAGGGCAGCGAGCGGACAGACCAUGAGCGCAGCAGGAGAUGGGGGUUAUUGAGACAGCGAUGGAG